AUGUCCGAAGACAAAUUCGAUGCUUCUUUGGAGCUCCUUAGAAGAUUAGAUCCACACUCAAUUGAGAAAAAUCUCACCAGCAUAUGCUCCUUAAUUUCUGCAUCCAAAGAUUCCGACACUGAAUUGGUCGAGGAAUUAUUAUCGUCGGUUGAUGUACCCCUCUCCAUAGCUCAAUGCAAAGACUCCGGUAAAGCAUAUUUAUGUUGUGACUAUAAUCGAGAUGGUGAUAGCUACCGAUCCCCAUGGUCAAACAAGUACUUCCCUAAACCGGAAGAUGACGAAGAACAACCACCACCAUAUCCUUCUUCGACCUUGCGACAAUUGGAAAUAAAAGCUAACGAUGCAUUUGACAUCUACAGAGACUUGUACUACGAAGGUACCGGUGUAUCAAGUGUUUACUUUUGGGAUACAGCAGAAGACGAAGCAGAAGAGGACGAUUUAUCGAAUGGAUUUGCUGGGGUUGUCUUGUUUAAAAAGGAAACAACAGACCAGUCAGGGAAAUGGGACUCUAUCCACGUGUUGGAGGUUAUACCAGAAACAAAUACGAGCUCUACCUACAAAUUGACAACAUCUGUCAUCUUGGAUUUGCAACAUAAAUCCAAAAACGGAUUAAGCUUAAGUGGAAAUUUGACCAGACAGUUGGAAUCUUCUAUAACUGCCGAUAUCAACAACGGGGUGAAUUUAGAAACUAGCCAUUUAAUUAAUAUCGGCACAUUAAUAGAGAAGGCUGAAUACAACAUUAGAAAUGUGUUGCAAGAGGUUUAUUUUGAUAAGUUGAAGGACAUCAUGUUGAAAGAUUUGAGAUCUAUCAAUGGAGGUGGAGACAAAGAUAUCAAUGAUAAUCAGAAGGAUAUAAUUAAAGGUUUACAGAGUUUAUAA